AUGGAUCACAACUACUGUUACAACAAUGCCAAUUGGAAUGGCAACUUCACUUACCAAUCCAACGGCAACUAUUCUCAACCUGGAUUCGCAGUCAAUCCGUAUUCACAGGAGGCUCCCAAUUCCAACGCCCAGCCUUACCAUCAAUCAUCGUAUUCCCAGCCUGUCCAGCAAAACUAUCCUCAGUACUACAGUAAUCAAGCGCAACAAUAUCAGUUCCAAUUCCAGCAGCCUUCACACCACUUCUAUCACAGUCAUCCUCCAACCCAACCCAUAUUGCCUCCAGUGCUCCCCCAGUCCGAGAUAGAAGUCAUCGUGCCCCGUCAUCCCAUUCACUCCGCCCCACCGAAGCAGCAGCCUCAGCAACCUCAACAGCUUCGGUCCAGCUUCCAAGCCCAAUUUCAGCCACCAGCGGCGGUCGAAUCGUCGUACCACUGGACUCCGCAACCAAAGCAGCAACAGCCACAACCGCCACAGCAACAGCAACAGCAGCAGCAGCAGUAUCGCCAUGUAUCACAAUCACCUCAGGACCGCAUGAGACAAGCUGAGCCGCCACGAAUGGUGAUCGAAGUACCCAAACCUACCAUGCCGCAGAAAAAGUUUGCGAAUGGCAGCUCACACCGGACUUCCACCUCUACCGCCGUAACUCCUCAAAGAUCCACUCAACAGAGCCACAACGGCGCCUUGCAAUCGGUCGAGGUCAAAGUCAAGAGCCCGCCGACGGCAUCGAAACCACCCCCUCCACGUGCCAUGGCCACGGAGUUCGAAGAACAAGAGCCAGAUUACCCCACUCUCCUUUGUGUCCUUGCCGAUGACUAUUUCGAUGAAGCUCGCAAAUUGCCAGCUCUAACUGAAAGGUAUUAUACCUUGAUCUCCAAGGCUCUCGGCUGUCUUGAGUCCGCCCUUGCCAAUUUCAAGCUACCUCCGCUGCAGGAAGCACAGAUCUCUUUGCGCUACUCUCGAAUACUGUAUGACGAAACCGAAAAUUACGACGAAGCUGAGACGACCCUGACGAAAUCAAUAGAGCUAUGUGAACGACACAAGUUCCUCGAUCUGAAAUACGAGAUGCAGCUUCUUCUUUCCAAAGUCCUUUACGAAUCAAAGCCGAAAGCCGCUCUAAGAGAUAUUCAGAGGAUGAUCGAAGACAUCGAAGCCUACCGCCACACUGUUUGGUUGUAUAUCUUUCGCUUUCAGCACGCCAUGUUUUCAUUGGCAUCUUCCGCUCCUGGCGAAUUCCACAGUGCUAUCGUGCAGCUGGAGAGGAUUUCUGUCCUAGCCAAGCAGAAUUCGGACGCCGGGGUCCUUGCUUUUGCGGCGACGCUAGAAGCUCUCCUACACCUGUCGAGCUCGAGUCAUGAAGCGGUCACGGCCACACAAACGGCUUUAGCAAAGGCCAGGGCUAUGCAAUUAAAUCCAGACGUCGAGUCCAACCCAAAGAUGACCAUCCUGCUGGAGUUCAUCGAUCUUGCAUGCAGCGUACGGGAAUCCAACAUUGCACAAAGCAAUGCCAAGCGGAAGGUCAUGGUUGAGGUCCUCGACCAGAUAGCCAAAGACAACAGCUGGAGAGAUGACGGCUCGAUCUAUAUCCCGAUGUCGAAACAAACUGUCGGGGGGAUUCAGCUGCAAGCUCAUAAACAUGUCGUCGAGAGAGACGGGAAGUAUUAUCUUGUGUUCUCGUGGUUAGGGAUGGAGGAAGUCGAGGCUCUAGCGUACUUGUUUUCCGCUGACAGCUCAGCGUACAAAAACGGCAUAGAUGGUGGAAAGGCGGAGAUCUUUGCAACGGAAGGCUUAUCAGGGGUUCGAGCGCUGGCAAAGCCUAGUCUCACCGCGGGUUACCGACACUCUGAGAGAGUUCACGCCUUCCAGAAGCUGUUGGAAGCCGAGUUCUUGUUGUUGCUCAGCUUCCUGCAGUGCUCGAAAGGUCAAUACGACGAGGCAAACAGAGGCUUGGGCAAAGUUAGCACGAUCUCCGAAGCCGUUGGUGACGCUUUCCCACUCAACAUGAGAUAUGCGGUGCUUUACCUAAGAGGAGUCAUCCUCCAAGGAACCGGAGACCUCGUUACUGCCCUGCAAGUCUACCAGUCGCCUCUCUUCAACCUCACACCACAACAAUCUGCAUCUUCGGCUGUCUCAAGCGCAUCUAACCGAAAGACAAGCUCGUGCUUUCCAGACUCGGACGUCACACGCAACUUCUCCAUCCUGGCAGCGAUGAAUUCCGCCUUUAUCAUCCAAGCUUCGAAUCACCCCCAACAUAACCGCCUGUCCUCGCUGAUUAAAAGCCUCGACGGCGCCGUCCAAACAUGCGCGAACAAAUACAUCCAAGCCCAUUUCUCCCUCCUCGUCGCCGUCCUCUCCGGCACGACCCUCACGGUGAAGCAAUACCUCAAAUCCGCCAUGGAGGCCGGCAAAGCUAUCGGCAGCGCGCAGACCACGGCCCUCGCGCUCAUCUACAUGCAAGAGAAACUCUUCAAGGGCGUGGUUGAUGAGCAGGCACUCAAGUGCGCAAAGGCCGCGAGCCAGCAGACCAGGAGGUGGGGCUCGCCGAUGUGGAUGCACGUCACUGCGGGUUUGGAGGCCCGGGCGCUCGAUAUCAAUGGGUAUGAAGACGAGGCAAAAAGGAGGAAACAGGAAGGCGAGGCCGGGUGGGAGAUCUUGCCAGAGGCUAUCAAGAGCGCUUCAGCUAUCAGCAGCGGCAUGGCCGUUUGA